AUGCAUCCAUCGACGAUUCUUGCGUCUACUUUGGCCGUGGUGGCUCGGGCGGCGCCGACAUUUCCCGGGCUGGGUCUGACGCACCAGGCCAAUGGCGUCGGCUCGCUGUCGGCAUACUUUGAUAUCAUCGCCGCCAAAGUCGAGGCAACCGAGCUCCUAUCUGCUCCCUCGGGAUGUGAUUUGUCAAAGGCACAGAUGCCGUCAGGCGUCGACGGACUGCCCGCGCCGGCAGAGGGACUGACGGUUCGACACGUGGCCGUCGGGCGUGGAACGCAAAACUACACGUGCGAUGCUGGCAAGGCGGACGCGGUGCCGAAAGCGGGCGGCGCAGUGGCGACGCUCUUCAACGCCAGCUGCGUGGCCGCCCUGAGCCCCGAACUCCUGGAGCGGGUACCGAGCACGGCAGUCCGGCUGGAGGAGGGCAGCGGGGCGGCGCGGGACGGCGCCAGGGUUCUGGCCAGGUCGGGUGUCCACUAUUUCACCGACAGCUCGACGGCAUUCUUCAACUUGGACACGCCGUCGCUGGACAUUGGCGAGGCGCGGUGCACCAAGGACAGCUCCGUCAAUGCGCCCCCAACGGCGGCGACGGGCCAAUUGGGCGAAAAGGCCGUGACGUGGCUGCGGCUGAGGACCAAGGAAGGGGGGACCACGGGCGGCAUCAAGGAGGUCUACCGGGUGACGACAGCAGGAGGCAGCCCUCCGGCAACUUGCGAGGGCAUGCCGGCGACGUUUGAAGUGCCGUACGCUGCAGUAUACUGGUUCUGGCAGGGUGAAGUCGGCGACCAGCAAGGGGGAGACGAUGGGAGCGAGCCGAAGAACGCAAGCGAAUGGGAGAACGCGAGCGAGUGGGAGAACGAGAGCGAAUGGGACGAUGAGAGCGAGCCGAACAACGGGAGCGAAUGGGAGGACGGGAGCGAUGACGAAGACGAGGGGGAGUGGCGAUUUGAUUGA